AUGUCUAAAUGCGAGAUUGAGUGUUGUGACAAAGGAAUAGUGAUUGAUGGAAAAUGCCUUUGCGAUAUAGGGGCAUUUGGUGAUGAGUGCUUUGAUAAUUUAUAAGACAUUUACAAAGCACCCUAUUACACAUUCUAAGGUGUAUACUGUGCAGCUUUUGUUUUUAUACUCUUUAUAACAAUUCGUCAAUUCUAGGCCUCUUUAAAGACAUCCAAAAUUCCAUCUUAUUACACUUGUUUGCAGUAUGCCUUUGCUUUAAUAGGGUCCCCUUAGAAUUUUAUCCUUGUUCUGACAAUCGUAAUGUCAACGUGUAAACUGAUAUGGCUGAUCCUGGAUCCCUUUGAAAUAUACAAAGGGAGGACAAUAGUAAUCGAGAGGCUGUUGUCAGAGGUGGUUUACACAUUGCUAUUUUACAUAUACGGAUGUCUGUUGAUCGUGUGGUACACAAUGUAUGAUGAGAUCUCCUUCAAUGUUUAUCAGGACAAGGAGAAGAGGAAGUUCAUCUUCAAAUAUUACAAGGAAACAUUGAAGUUCAGACUCUUCGUAGUCUUCUUGGUCCAGAUUUCAGUCAGUACCAUGAAUGGGCUAAGGAAAGGAGUCUAAUACCCUGCGUUUUUGAUGUUCUGUUAUUUAUUCCUCUUGGUCAAUUUCUUCAUCUUUAUCUUUGAAUUUCUGAUUUAUGGACGAUCUCUUUAGAAGUGCAUCAGGGAAUAGAUUCACAAUUGCAAAAGGUAAUACCUCGAAUAGCAGAAGAAUAAUGUUGAUCAAAUUGAAUAAGUGCCCUAAAACGAUAGUAUUUGUAAGUCUCCAGAAUCAAUGCAAAGGUAUCUCAGAGUGUCCAUGUAAGUGAGUAAUGAGGAUAAGAAAAGCGAAAUAAGAGAUGAAAUAAAAGAGGAUGUUAAAUAGAUUGAACAGGUCAAACCAAAAUUAGGAGUUACAAAAAUUAAAUCAGUUUCAUUUGCUACAACAUUCAUCAAAGGCAUGCGUGGUUCAACCUUCUUUCGAUAGGAAAGUCAAAAACAAUUGAAAUCACUCUAAAAUAAAGAUAAAAGGCUUGAUCCAAAUCUAAACCAUAUUGAGAAUGAAUUCUAAGAAGAGUAACCAGGUGAGGAGAUAAAUAGUUGUUGUCUAAAGGAGGACCAAUAGAAUGAUAUCAAAUGGGAAAAUGAUGAUGAUAGAUAAACCUAUCAAGAAACAAUCAAAUUGUAGAUUAAAGCUGUGAAAGAAACCAAACAAAUGGCUGAAAAACGAAAAUAAUAGGAAACAUUGACUCCAAAAUAAAAAUCAAAAAAUGCCAAUAAACAACUAAAUUACAUCACUAAUAGCAUUUAAGACUAAAAGACUUAGUAACUUCGCUAUCAAUCUGAUGAGCACUAAGAGAAGUACAAUAACAAAUCAGCUAAUUUGAUAGUAGAUGGACAGAUCUUAUUUAAGAUACAAUUAUUGGUGUAUUUUGGAAUUAUUUUAGAAAUCUUGUUUGGAGUAUUGAGUAUUACAGUACUACUAACUGAUUUAGUAAGAAAUCCUCUUGGACAACUCACAUAUUUGUAUGGGUCAUCAACACUGCAAUUUUUUUCUUUGAUUACAGUUCUGAAAUUGUUUCAAGACAUUAAAAGCCAAGAAAUCAAGAAUCUAAUAUGGAUUUAAAAAGUAGGUAGUAAAAAGAACAAAAUUAAUCAACAUUUUAUAUUCUCGAUUCCAAAAGAUUAAAAGGAAGAUGAACAACAAUAAAAAUUAGAAUAGAGAAUAAAUAUGAUUACUCUAUAUUGA